AAAAAGAAAAAAAAAACGAUUUGAAACCGAAUUUAAUUACAUCCAGAUGCCAUGGCAAUCCCAUCUCGAACUUCAGCCAAUAUUUCAAUGGGACAGUCAGUAUUGGAUAACGCACGCCACAUUUGUCCUCAACCUCCGCCAGCUGCUCACUUUCAGUUUGCGCUUUGCAACUUCACAAGUGUCUCUCGGUUCGUCAUGGGUGUGAUGUAAUCUACAGACCUAAGUCACGGCUGCUUUCACUUCAUUUGUGCGCGAUGUUUGCCCGGAUCUUUAUUCAAGUGAGGGAAAGGAUAGUUUUGUUGUGUUUGUCGCCGCGUGUGCGGUUUGGAGAUACAGAGGACAUUACCUCUAUCACUGGCAGAAUGAGUGUCGCUAUUACUAAAUGACCAGCGGACACACUAUCAUAUGGAUGUUGUUGGACAGACCAAAGAAGAUUAGUCUUGUGCGACCUUCAGAGAUGAAAGUGACAGUUUCAUACUGCUAAAAAAAAAAAAACCUUGAAUCCACCUGAAACCACUCCAAGGUGAUUGUUUCAUGAGGAUUAAUGGCAUGUUCUCUUUUGGAAAUGUCUUUGACCUCUGAGCUCUCCGAGAGGUUAACACAAGCCAAGAAAUGUGGUUGAGACAUGUGACACAUCAGGUUUCACCAUGCUAGACCGUAGUGGGCUGCAGUGUUACAGUUACAGUACAAUACAAUACUUUCUAGUCUUAUUUUUAAACAUUGCCUUGGGACCAUUGAAGCCUCAGCCAAUUUUGAUGACUAUAUAAGUCUCUGAGGAAGCGAAGAGACCAUGUGUAACAUUUCAACCUCAUGCAAUGUUGUCUCAAACAUAGACCAGUUCUUCCAGCCGGUGCUGUAUAUUAUCGUCAUCGUCCUUGGCUUCCCGACUAACUGCCUGGCCCUGUGGGCCGCGUACAAGCAGGUCAGACAGAAGAAUGAGUUGGGGGUCUACCUGAUGAACCUCUCGGUGGCUGACCUCUUGUACAUAGCCACUUUGCCACUUUGGAUUGACUAUUUUGUCCACCAUGACAACUGGAUCCACGGUCAAGUGUCCUGUAAGAUGUUCGGUUUCAUCUUCUACACCAACAUUUACGUCAGCAUCGCCUUCCUCUGCUGCAUAUCUGUGGAUCGUUACUUGGCGGUGGCUCAUCCCCUGAAAUUUGCUAAAGUCCGCAGGGUCAAAACAGCCUUGCUGGUCAGCACCGUUGUGUGGGUAACUGAAAUAGUGGCCAACUCUGCACCUCUCUUCUAUGAUGAGCUUUUCAGGGACCACUUUAACCACACCUUUUGCUUCGAGAAGUAUCCCAUGCAGAAUUGGGUGGCGGGGAUAAACCUUUACCGCACUUUCCUCGGCUUCUUUGUGCCUUGGGGUGUAAUGUUGGCUGCUUACAGAGGCAUCCUGAGAGCCGUGCGCAGUAACAUCUCGACCGAGCGCCAAGAGAAAGCCAAAAUCAAGAGGCUGGCCCUCAGUUUGAUCCUCAUCGUCCUCCUCUGCUUCGCUCCAUACCACGUCCUCUUGCUGUGGCGCAGCAUCAUUUUCCUCACCAACCCUUGCGAUUGCGGUGCUGAAGAGAACUUGUUUGGUGCUUAUCAUGUGACUCUAGCACUCACCAGCCUCAACUGCGUGGCAGACCCCAUCCUCUAUUGCUUUGUUAAUGAAGGGGCCCGUAAUGAUGUGGGCCGGGCCCUGUCCACUCUCUUCGGUCUCUUCCAGUGGUGCCAAAGCCCAGAGGCGCUCAUGGGGGCAUCUAUCACUGUGGAGACGCCGUUGGCUAUAAAGAAGCCCGAUUUCUACAGUGAGGUCAAAACGAAUGCCUAUAAAACUGACAUUGAAGUGCUCAAAGAUGAAUGCCUUCAAUUGACCAUUCUCAGUGUUAAAAAGUGAAGUUAAAUGUCAGUGUAACCUACAGCAGU